AUGACAGAAUUCGUUCGAUCUACCAGUCAGGACAUUCCAAAUCUACAGAUUGGAUCGAUGGUCGAUGCAAAUCAUUUUGAUACAGAUCGAUUAAGCGGUUCAUUUCAAUACGAUGACGAUGCUCAGCAAAAUCUACAACCCGUUAUAGAAUACGAAAGCAAGAAAAAGAGUAAAAAAUCGAAAAAUGUUCAAUCAGUUUCAUCGAAUAAGCAUGUUAUCACAAUGCAACCGGUUAACAAAUCAAAAGCACGAAUCAUCAUGUUGGACGAUACGGAAGAAUAUGUUGAUUUAAACAAAGAUGAUACGGGCAAAAUGUUAUUUACUCGUGUAUGUGAUAACAUGCGCCUGGAAGAGAAGGAUUACUUCGGUCUAACUUUUUCUGACAACGAAAAUAAUAAAUGUUGGUUGGAUAUUGAUAAACGUGUCAAAAGUCAAUUGAAAGGUGUUCAACCAAUUUUCUAUCUACAAGUGAAAUUUUACCCACCUGAACCAAUCUUACUUCAAGAAGAUAUAACCAGAUACCAACUAUGUCUUCAAUUACGACACGAUAUUCUCUCUGGAAAACUGCCGUGUUCAUUUGUAACUUAUGCGUUGUUAGGUUCGUACACAGCGCAAGCUGAGUUGGGAGAUUACAAUGAAGCAGAUCAUGGUUUAACAUCGGAUUAUCUCAAAGAACUUCAAUUUGCACCUGUACAAGAUGAUGAAUUGUUAAAACGUAUCCACGAACAACAUCGUCGACAUAAAGGUCAACCACCAAAUGCUGCUGAUUUACAUUUUCUUGAAAAUGCAAAGAAAUUAGCUAUGUAUGGCGUUGAUCUACAUCCUGCACAGGAUUCGGAAAAUGUUGAUAUCAAUAUUGGCGUUUCAGCGAAUGGAAUAUUAAUCUAUCGUGAUAAAUUACGAAUCAAUCGUUUUGCUUGGCCCAAAAUACUAAAAAUAUCUUAUAAACGAAAAUAUUUCUUCAUUAAACUUCGACCAAGUGAUUUCGAUCGAUACGAAAGUACAAUUGGAUUCAAAUUACCUACCUACCGUGCUGCAAAAAUGCUCUGGAAAAUUGCGGUUGAGCAUCAUGCUUUCUUUCGGCUUCGUCGACCAGAAGAAAUUCGCAAACGACCAUUACUACCACGAUUCAAUUCGACAUUUCGUUAUACAGGAACAUAUACGUAUCAUCAAACGCGACAAUUGUUACUUGAUCGACCAAAUCCUGACUUUGAACGAUCGAUUAGUAAACGCAUGUCGAAAAGUCUCAAUAUUUCAGCAAAUGAAAGCAAUCGACAAUUUCCACAUGCACACAGUGUCGAACCAUUUUUUCAAACGCAUCACAUAACAAUUCCGGAGAAAUACGAAGAGGAAACGAUACAAGCAGCGGAAUAUGCUCACGUGAAGAAGAAACCAGCAACACCACCACGGACACCACUAGCAGGAACAACGCCGGAAAUAAAACCGAAACGACCGCCACCCCCGGCUACUUACGCUAAUCUUCCGCCUCAACCACCUGCUCGAUCACCUGCACUGCGAGAAAAAUCUCCAGCAAUGGAUCCUGAAGAUGCUCUUCUUGCUGCCAUUCGUCUGGCAACCGAUCUUGAUCCGAAUAAACAGACAAAAAAAGUCGUUAUGGCUACCAGGAUUGUCGUUAUUUCAUUUCAUCGAUCUGCAAUGCAGUACUUCAUUGUAUUCUCCAUCUGUCUAUCACUUUAUCUUCAAAAUUCCUAUGCACGUGACGAUGAACAAUUUCGUCAAGAGGUUUUGAAUCAGCAUAAUGUUUACCGAAAAGAACAAUGCGCAUCUCCAUUGCAACGAAAUACAACUUUAGAUCAAAUUGCUCAGAAGUGGAGUAACACGCUUGCUGGCUUCGGACAUCUCAUACACAGCAAUACAACCAUCUAUGGUGAAAAUAGCUAUCUUGAGAUACCAUUUAACGCUGUUAAAUACAACGGAGCAAGGCCAGUCGAAGCUUGGUACAGCGAACGAUCGAAUUAUACGAUUAAUAAUCUCGAAGCUGCGUUACACUUCACGCAAGUCAUUUGGAAAGAUUCGAAGAUGAUUGGGAUAGGUAUCAGUGAUGUGCCGAAGAACAAUGGUUUGAUCGUCGUCGUGAAUUAUUAUCCACGAGGAAAUUACAAGAAUCAAUUCGCGAAAAAUGUUGGCUGCGGUAACUAA